UCGCAACUUCAACGGGCAGGAAGUGGUUCCAUUGAAUCGAUCUCAAUCUUGAAGACAGCGUCAAAUUUCCGACAAACAACAAUUUGGGGCUAAGAGCUGUAUCGGCUAGACAACUGAGCCAUUUUCCUUCGGUAUGAAUGUACGUGGGAAAGGCAUAUUUAAAGUUUCAGAGAACUACCUGCUUUAACAUUAAAUUAAAAUAAAAAUAAAAAUUAGAGCUCCUUUAUUAAUUGAUUAAAAUAAUAAUAAAAAUUUGCAAAAUCGUGUAAAAUGAAUUAAAUAAUUUUUGGGGGAAAAAGAAAGAAAGUAAAAUAUAAGUAAGAAAUCCAGGGAAAAGCCAGCCUGAAAAGGUUCAGAGCAUAAGCUCCUUCUGCUCUCUCUCUCUCUCUCUUGCUUCUUUCUUCUUUCUCUCUCUAAGCUGAGCAAAUCUCACACAUUUCCCGAGGAAACCUGAAGUAUUUUCGGCGGUAGAUAUAGCCGAAGUUGCUGACAACUGUGACUUGCCGGCGAGGCGUAAGUUACCGGCAAUGUGUAACUCACGCGCUUUGGUUUUACUCGCUCUUUUUCUGCAAUCUCUGGUAGCUUUGGUCUCUGCUCAGGGAUCUAAUGCUACAGCUCAAUGGCAAACACUCAGCGGAGAUGCACCUCUGGUCAUAGCACAUGGUGGAUUCUCUGGGCUAUUUCCUGAUUCUAGCUAUGCUGCCUACAGUUUGGCAUUGAUUACUAGUUUACCCAAUGUUCAAUUAUGGUGUGAUGUGCAAUUAACAAAAGAUGAAGCUGGAAUUUGCUUUCGAGAUUUGAGGCUGGACAAUAGUAGUUCUAUAACAAAUCAGUUCGAGAAAGGGCAAAAAGAAUACCCUGUUAAUGGGGUUCGUACCAAAGGAUGGUUUGCCGUGGACUACACUCUUAAACAACUAGCAGAUGUCGUUGUUACACAAGGAGUCUAUUCCAGGACUAAUAAGUUUGAUGGAAAUUUGUACUCAUUUCUCACCAUUGAUGAUGUGGCUACGCAAUUUAAACCACCAGGCUUGUGGUUGAAUGUUCAGCAUGAUAUAUUCUACAACCAACAUAAUUUGAGUAUGAGGAACUUUAUAAUUUCUGCAUCUAGAAGAGUAGUUAUCAGUUAUAUCUCAUCCCCUGAGGUGGGGUUCCUGAGAAGUAUUAAAGGGAGAAUCAGUCCAAAAACGAAGCUGGUCUUUCGGUUUCUGACACAAGAUGAGAUUGAGCCUUCAACAAACCAGACUUAUGGUUCUCUCUUAAAGAAUCUGACAUUUAUCAAAACAUUUGCAUCUGGAAUUCUUGUACCAAAGUUUUACAUUUGGCCGGAAGUAAAUCUUUAUUUGGAACCUCAAACUUCUCUUGUCUCAGAUGCUCACAAAGAAAAGUUAGAAGUAUUUGCAUCGGAGUUUAUGAAUGACUAUCCUCUUAGCUACAAUUAUAGUUAUGAUCCAAUAGCUGAGUACCUGAACUUCAUUGAAACUGGCGGCUUCAGCGUUGAUGGCGUACUGUCUGACUUCCCAAUAACUCCAUCUGAGGCCAUAGAUUGUUUUGCUCACCUGGGCAAAAAUGCUCGAGGACAAGCCAAGCCAUUGGUUAUCUCACAAUAUGGAGCAAGUGGAGACUACCCUAGUUGUACUAACUUGGCAUAUGAGAAUGCAAUUGCUGAUGGUGUUGAUGUUAUUGACUGUCCUGUUCAAAUGUCGAAGGAUGGAACACCAUUUUGCUUCAGCUCUAUCAAUCUUAUUGAUAGCACAACGGUUGCUCAGUCUCCAUUUAGCAGCCGAACAAGAAGUAUUCCACAGAUCAAGGCUGGUACUGGAAUAUUUACAUUUAGCCUGACAUGGGAUGAAAUUCAAACCUUAACCCCAUCUAUAUCAAGCCCCUUCUCAGAUUUCACAUUGUUCCGGAAUCCAAGGAACAAAAACAGUGGCAAAUUUCUGACGCUAUCUGAAUUUUUGAACAUGACAAAGAAUGUGAGCUCUCUGUCUGUCUUGAUCAGCAUUGAGCAUGCGGGUUAUCUUGCAGAGGAGCAGAACUUAGGUGUAACUGAUGCAGUCCUUAGUGCCUUGAGCAAAGCUAGUUUUGCUGAACAGAAAGUUUUCAUUCAAUCUAGUAAUAGUUCUGUUCUAGCAAAAUUCCAGGGAAAAGAGAAUUAUAAACUUGUAUACAGGAUUGAAGAGAAGAUCAGUGAUAUAGAUGCCUCAUCAUUGGAUGACAUCAAGAAGUUUGCUAGUUCUGUGGUGGUUAACAAGGAUUCCGUGUUUCCUGAAACUGAGUUAUUCUUGACUGGUACUACAAAUGUGGUAAAAAAGCUACAAUCAUCAAAUCUUUCAGUUUAUGUAGAAACCUUCAACAAUGAAUUUGUAUCUCAACCAUGGGACUUCUUCUCUGAUGCAACUGUGGAGAUCAAUUCCUAUGUUAUGGGAGCCAAUAUUGAUGGUGUAAUUACACCGUUCCCUAAAACAGCUGCUAGAUAUAAAAAAAACCAAUGCUUGGGUCGUGGCUCCAAGAUACCUGCUUACAUGAGUCCUGUUCAACCUGAUAGUCUCAUACAACUCAUUACUACUCCUUAUUUGCCUCCAGCUGAGGCCCCAAAUCCUGUCCUGACUGAGCAAGAUGUGACAGAGCCACCUUUACCUUCUGUUUCAUCGACACCCCCAGCUUCUAGCCCAGGUGGAUCUGCAGCAGCACCACCACCUAAAUCACCUAAUGCACAGCCUAAGGUUGCUGCAAGCUCCUUCCUGUUGACCAUGGCUACGCUCCUUGCCGCUCUGUCUCUGUUUUAAAACUAUAGUGUUGCCACACUUGGUUGUUUUUCUUGCUCUUGCAUCUUCCCAAUGUCGGUGUUUGAAUCUCGUGUAGCUUUGAGGUUUUUUUCUUCAUGAAUUCACUGCUAAUCCAUUAUUUUUUAUUUUUAUUUUUUGGUUUUCCUUCUUUUUACCGAGCCGUGGUAAAUUCUUUCCCUGUUUAUGUUGUAGGUAUGUUCAUUCUUCCCCAUGUAAUUUAGGGAUACCAAAUAGUCUUUGAGAGGUACAUGUCAGGGUCAAAAUUGUUGUAGCCAGCAUUGUUGUUCUUUUCUGCUGUUGUAUCUCAUAUUUAUUAUAAAUUUAUUCUUUGGUGUC